GAGUGGGCGCGGGGGCAGGGUGGGAACGAUUCACCGCACUCCCUCGGUGCGGGAGCCAGCCGGACUCGGCGCUGUGACACAGCGGAAGGAAGACGGCGAGGUGGAAUGCUGUGACAAUGAAGAAGUGAGAUAAACAAUAUUCAUGGCAGACAAAAGGCAGCGGGCAAGAGUGCAGGGUUCAUGGGCAGGCCACAGUAAGACAGCAGCAACCGUGUUUCAAGCUGGCAGACACUCUACACAAAAUGUUGCAAGUACACAGCGGUCACCAAAAGAACAGGCUGCAGCUGAUGGGCGAUUUGUCUUCCAAGAUCCAACUGAGGUUCAACGUAAGAUUCCGGAAGUAAGAAUCAUUGACAAAGAAGGUUUAUAUGAAAUCAGCAGUGGGCCAACAGGUGUUUCCAGACUUCAUCUGAAACCUGCUUUCAUUGACCCAAAAGAAGCUGAUUGGAUGUUUGAACAAUUGUACAGGGAAAUACCUUGGCAGCAAAAAUCUAACAUUGGACCGGAUGGAUCAUACAAGGAACCAAGACUCACAUCGUGGUAUGGAGAUCUCCCCUACACAUACUCCAACUCAACAAUGAAAUCAAACCCUCAUUGGCAUCCUCUGUUGUCUAUGCUAAAGGAUCUAAUUGCGGAAGUAACUGGAUACACCUUUAAUUCUCUUCUUUGCAAUCUGUACCGACAUUGUAAGGACAGCAUUGAUUGGCACAGUGAUGAUGAGCCAUCGUUGGGAAUAGACCCAGUUAUUGCAUCCCUCAGCUAUGGAGAAACCAGGAACUUUGAAAUGAGAAAAAAAUUACCUCCAGAAGAGAAAGGUGAUUAUACCUAUGCCGAAAGAAUUCGUAUCCCGUUAAACCAUGGGUGUCUGUUGGUAAUGGAAGGGAAGACCCAGAAGGAUUGGCAGCAUCGAGUGCCAAAAGAAUACCAUGAUAGAAAUCCACGAAUAAAUCUGACAUUUAGAACAGUUUAUCCCGAGGCAAGAUUAAACUGAAGAUAACGUGUGAAAAUCUGCAGCAGAACUGUGUGAAAAUAAAUGAAAGAACAAGAGAUGUUGUCUGUUAAUGUUUACAAUUCUAAGAUAUUGAACAUUUAUUAAAGAAGAAUUCUAGAAAGUUUCAUUAUUGCAAGUUUUGGAAAAAUGUAGUUUGAAUACUAAAUUGGGAGCCAAUUGGAAGUUAUUUCUAAACUAUGUAAAUGCAUUUUUAAUUAUUUGAAGAAAAAAUAAUUCAAAAUGUGAUUGCAUACUAAUCUGGAAAGUUACAGAGAGAAUUGUGUCAAUGAGUGCUUGGAUCCAAUCAAUAUACACUGAAGGCUUAGAUGUUUGAAAGUCAGUACAAUUAUUCAUGUACUUUACUAAUAUCUCCCUCCAACUUAGCUUCAAAACAUUUUUUUUAAAUAAAUAAAUAAUAAAUGACCAAGCGUGAGAAAGGAAUAAUUUUGGUGUUAGAAAACAAACUGUUGAUUGAUUAUUAUUUGUAAAAAUAGUUUCUUAAAGAUUAUGCACUAUAAGUUUGAAAACGUGUUUAACUCUUGAGUUAAUUGUCCAGGAAAGAUUAUAAUGAAAGCAUAGUCUUCAAAUGGGAUAGAAUUAAUGAUACCAAGCAGCGCAAUAUGUACAUGCUAAAUAAAUGGAUUAUGCUAAUCCAAA